UUGUAGACUAUAUAAAGCCCAUUAAUCCUAACUAGAUUAUUUUUCUUUAAUAAUUCGUUUUUUCCCUAAAAUAGGUUAAAAACCGUGUCCUCUCUACUCUCUCUCUAUAUAUACGUGUCCGUCAAGCCUCAGAUAACACGGAAACAAAACUCAAUAGGUCUUGUCUGCGCGAAUACGAGGUUGUCUAUUCGUGAUUGAGAUGGAGAAAGAGACCUGGAAGGAAGAUUUGUGCGUGGAGGCGAAGAAUCAUCGUGAUCGAAGUAAGGAGCAGAGGAAGGGAAAAGGUUCGGAGAAGGAGAGGCGCAAGAGACGGUGUGAUAGGGUUAGGGAUGUUGAUUCUGAAGAUGAGUACGAUCGAUACGUUGGUGAACGGAGGAGGGAGAAGGGAAGAGAACGCCGAGGACAUGAGAGAGAUAGAGGCAAAGAUCGGAAGAGAGGUAGAGAAGAGAGCGAUGACGAUGUCAAGCGUGGCUUGAAACGUGGAAGAAAAGAGAGUGUUGAUAGCCGAACUAGAAGGCAUGGAGAGGACAAUGGUGAGAAGGAAGACAAAGUAGAGGAUGUGGAUGAGGAGGUUGAGAAACAGAGGAGGAGAUUACACGAGUGGCAAGAGUUGAAGAGGAAAAAGGAAGAAGCUGAGAGUAAGUCUUGGACUCUUGAAGGAGAAUCUGAUGAUGAAGAAGGAUCUCUGCAAACAGAAACGAAUGUUAAUGUCUCUGUCGCGGAGAAUGAAGAGGUAAUUGAUCCUUUAGAUGCUUUUAUGAAUACUAUGGUUUUACCUGAGGUUGAGAAGCUUAGCCACGCUUCUGCUUCUCCUCUAUGUGUUUUGGACUCUAAGAAGAACGUUAAUAAAUCAGCCCUUGGUUGGAUCAUCCAAGGUGAAGAUUCUGAUUCUGACUAUUCAGACACAAACAAUGAUGAUGACCAAGACGACGAGGACCUCAUGAAGAAACUAAAGAAGACAAAAGGAGAUAAACUUACUCUUAUUGACCAUUCAAAAACAAACUAUGAACCGUUCCGGAAGAACUUCUAUAUCCAAGUGAAAGACAUCUCAAACAUGACAGAACAAGAAGUCAACACUUACAGAACAGAACUAGAGAUAGAAGUCCACGGAAAAGACGUACCAAGGCCCAUCAAAUCCUGGCACCAAACCGGCCUAACCAACAGAAACUUAUCCACAAUAAAGAAGCUUAACUUUGAAAAGCCAACGCCUGUCCAAGCACAAGCACUCCCAAUCAUCAUGUCCGGCCGAGACUGCAUAGGAGUUGCAGAAACAGGUUCAGGCAAAACCCUCGGAUUCGUUUUACCAAUGCUAAGACACAUCAAAGAUCAACCUCCCGUUGAACCCGGAGAUGGACCCAUUGGGCUUGUAAUGGCACCUACUAGAGAGUUAGUCCAGCAGAUUCACAAAGAUAUCAAAACUUUUGCAAAGUCAUUAGGUAUAAGAUCUGUGGCUGUGUAUGGAGGUUCAGGAGUUGCUAAACAAAUCAGUGAGCUUAAGAAAGGUAGUGAGAUUAUAGUCUGCACUCCUGGUAGAAUGAUUGAUAUUCUCUGCACAAACAGUGGGAGAGUCACUAAUCUUGGAAGAGUCACGUUUCUUGUAAUGGAUGAAGCUGAUCGUAUGUUUGACAUGGGCUUUGAGCCUCAGAUUACUCGUAUUACUCAAAACAUAAGACCAGACCGUCAAACUGUUCUGUUCUCCGCCACUUUCCCUCGUAAAGUUGAAGCUUUAGCGCGUAAAGUCUUGAACAAGCCUGUGAAGAUACAGGCCGGUGUAAGGAGCGUUGUGAAUAAGGAUAUAACACAGUUUGUUGAGAUCAAAUCAGAGAGUGAGAAGAGGCCUAGACUUGUGGAGCUUAUUGAGGAAUGGUAUGAGAGAGGGAAGAUCUUAGUCUUUGUUGGUUCACAGGAGAAGUGUGAUAAUUUGUAUAAUGAUUUGAAGAACAAAUGUGGAUACCGUUGUCAAGCUCUCCACGGAGGUAAGGAUCAGAUUCACCGUGAGGUGGCUAUAUCUGAGUUUAAGGGAAGUGUGUGUAACUUGUUGGUUGCUACAAGCGUUGCAGCUAGAGGUUUAGAUGUGAAGGAGCUUGAGUUGGUUGUGAACUUUGACGCUCCGAAUCAUUAUGAAGAGUAUGUGCAUCGUGUUGGCAGGACAGGGAGAGCAGGGAGGAAGGGAUGUGCUGUGACGUUUGUGUCUGAGGAUGAAGCAAAGUAUGCACCAUAUUUAGUCAAGGCGUUGGAAUGGUCUGAGCAGGUGGUUCCUGAUGAGUUGAAGUUAAUGGCUGAUGGUAUUAUGGAGAAAGCUCAUGGAAGUGGUUAUGGUGGUAAGGGUUUUAAGUUUAAUGAAGAGGAAGAUGUUAGGAAAGCAGCUAAAGAGGCACAAGAGAAGGAGGAUGGUGUUGAGGAAGAAGACAAGUCUGAGUUGGAAGAUGAGAAUGUUGUUGUAGUAAGAAAGGCUGUUUCUGCUAUGCUACAAAGUUUUGUAAUGCCUCAACAACGCUAUGAAGCUGAGCUGGAGAUUAAUGAUUUCCCACAGAAUGCUCGUUGGAAGGUGACACGUAGAGACACUCUUGGCUUGAUAUCAGAUUGGUCUGGAGCAGCUAUUACUAUUAGAGGACAGUUUUUCAUGCCGGGACGUAUGGUGAGGCCUGGAGAGAGGAAGCUUUACUUGUUUAUUGAAGGGCCUAGCGAGGAAUCUGUUAAGGCGGCUAAAGCUGAACUCAUGCGUGUUGUUAAUGACGUUACUAAUCAAGCCUUGUCGUUUCCUGGAAGAUCACAAGCUUCAAGACAAGAGGGUUGCUGUUAUGUACUUAAGAGUGUUCUUGAACUAGAACAAGAAGUCUUACGACUUCUCCAAGGGAACACUCCUUAA